AUGGUGGCAGAUCUGAUCGAGGGUAAAGAGUAUGUGUUCCAUGUGGCUGCAAUCAACAAGGCAGGAACAGGUCCAUUCAGUGAACCGUCUGAGCCCAAGAUCACCAAGCCUCCAUAUGAUGUGCCAGAGGCACCAAGCAAGCCUGAAGUCACAGCUGUUGACCGCACCCAGAUAACCAUCUCGUGGUCACCUCCAAAAUCUGAUGGUGGCAGUCCAAUUACCGGCUACAUCAUUGAGAAGAAAGAAACUUCUUCCACAAGAUGGACAAAGGCUGUAAGAGACUCAGUUUCUGACACAACACUGACAGUGAAAGAUCUGAUCGAAGGCAAGGAGUAUGAGUUCCGUGUGGCUGCAGUCAACAAGGCUGGAACAGGUCCAUUCAGUGAACCAUCUGAGCCAAGAAUAACUAAGCCACCUUAUGAUGUUCCUGAGGCACCAGGCAAGCCUGAGGUCACAGCAGUUGAUAGCAAACAGAUAACCAUCUCCUGGUCACCUCCCAAAUCAGACGGUGGCAGUCCAAUCACUGGCUACAUCAUAGAGAAGAAAGAGACGUCUUCCACAAGAUGGACAAAGGCUGUGAGAAACUCAGUUAGUGAAACAUCACUGACUGUAAAGGAUCUGAUCGAGGGCAAGGAGUACGAGUUCCGUGUGGCUGCUGUAAACAAAGCUGGAACAGGUCCAUUCAGUGAACCAUCUGAGCCAAGAAUCACUAAACCACCAUAUGAUGUUCCUGAAGCUCCUGGGAAGCCUGAUGUCACAGCUGUUGAUAGCAAACAGAUCACUCUAUCCUGGUCACCUCCUAAGUCUGAUGGUGGCAGUCCAGUUACUGGCUACAUCAUUGAGAAGAAAGAGACCACCUCAACGAAAUGGGCAAAAGCUUACAGAGACUCGGUUACAGAGACUUCUCUUGUUGUAAAGGAUCUGAUCGAGGGUAAGGAGUAUGUGUUCCAUGUGGCUGCAAUCAACAAGGCUGGAACAGGUCCAUUCAGUGAACCGUCUGAGCCCAAGAUCACCAAGCCUCCAUAUGAAUGUUUUGGUCGUGUUGCUCUCUAUUACAUUUAUUUAUUAUUUUUCGUUAGCUGUGCCAGAGGCACCAAGCAAGCCUGA